CUUCACACCUCUCCUUCUCCCUUUUUAAUUUUCUGUUGUAGCUCUAUAUUUCUUUAGUAGUUUUGCGAUUAACGUUAACUCGUAAGUUGAUUGAGUAUUACUUUUUAUUGUUACUUUUUAUUUUUGAUUUUAUGAUAUUAACUGAACUACGGUUUUAUCGCAGGGACAACCUCUUCUCUUUUCAAUUUUCUGUUGUAGCUCUAUAUUUCUUUAGUAGUUUUGCGAUUAACGUUAACUCGUAAGUUGAUUUAGUAUUACUUUUUAGUGUUAUUUUUUAUUUUUGAUUUUUAUGAUAUUAACUGAACUACGGUUUUAUCGCAGAUGGCAUUCCAAAAGUUCACGCUUGGCUUACGGUGGAAUGGUUACACGGAAGAGACCGGAAAGGGGGUCACCUGUGUAGGUGGCAAUUUUCAGAAGAUAAAGGUCGCUACCAGACCGCUGCUUGAAAACCUCCAUCAAAUGUGCACUAACGUUAUUGCAUGGAUGGCACGAGAAGAGUUGAUCGUAUGGUGUAUCGAUAUCCAAAGAGAGAAAGUGGGUCAUUGUGGCAUGAGGAAUAUCUCAUAACCACUCAGGAUGAGGUAGACGCCAUGCUCGAAUUCAUGAGUUCCAACAAUCUUUCCAAAGCCGAGAUGUUCGUUUACACCGAGCCGGUCGUAGGCGUUGGAGGUCAUUCUGGACACGGUCAAACAUCUGGUAUCCAUGGUGGAGGUGAAUUAUAUGGCGAUCAUCCCUACCAAAGUUACCAUGAUCCUCAUUCAUAUUUUCAGUACCAAGAGCAAGGUGAAGGUCAUCAUCAAUCAUAUGAAGAAGAAGUUCAACCGGACCGGCCCAACCAACCUCAGUACAACUUCCACUCAGGCAGCGGUAGUUUUCACAACUGCCAUUAUGGAGCUGAUGAAGGUGCCUUUCAUGAGCUGGAUCAGAUGGAGGAUGUCAUGCCAGCACCAGUCAGUGACCCCUCCGAUGAAGAAGGAGAGAACAACGUCAGUGCAGACAGCUCUGACCCUUUUGAAGGUGUCGAUGAUUCAGGACCAGAGUCAGACUCAGCUAAUGAUGAUGAGGGGGCUCGUGACCGUGUACCAGUCCCCUACUACAAUCACAUUCCAGACGACAAUUGGAUGGUCGACAGCGACAUGGAGCCGCCAGAGGUCCCAAUAUGGGGUCCACUCAGUAGGUUUAUGAAGGGCCAACAAUUUGGCUCGAAGAAGGAGGUGCGUCACACCAUUGAGACAGAAGCAAUGACUCGGCAUUUUGAAUGGCACACAACUCAUUCCAACACUAAAAGGCUCAUAGUCAGAUGCCAUAAUCAUCACGAGGGGUGCAAUGUUAGGAUUCGGGCCAUCAACAGCAAGAGACACGGCCACUGGGUCAUAUCCCGUGCGGUGAACACACACAUGUGUGUGUCAUCCAUAACUUCCCAAGGCCAUCGACAGUUGAAAUCCAGGGUGGUUGCUGCGACUAUCAAGCAUCUAAUUGAGCAAGAGCCAGACCUAAAGGUGAAAUUCAUAAUCGCUGACAUUGCAAGUCGUUAUGGUUAUAUGAUUAACUAUAAGAAGGCGUGGCAUGGAAAGCAGAAAGCUCUGGCCGCCGUCUUUGGUGAUUGGGAAGAAUCAUAUGCAUUCCUUCCCAAGUUAAUUUUGGCAUUGGAGGCGUCUAACUCUGGCACGGUUUUCUCCCCUCGAUACCAAGAUGAAGAGAUACAACCCCCAGAGCCAGUGGAUGGAACAUUCCUUACCGGCAAGUACAAGGGCACUCUCCUGAUUGCCAGUGGGGCGGAUGCAAACAGACAAGUCUUUCCUUUAGCCUUCGCCAUCGUUGAGGGAGAGAAUGCUGAUAGCUAUGGAUGGUUUUCCGGCAAAUUCAGAUUCAUUGUACUAGGAGGACGAACCUGACAAUAAUCUCUGAUCGGCACGCCGGCAUUAGAGCUGCCAUCUUAGGUUUAGAUCCAGCGUGGAAUUGGUCCCAAAGGUGGUGCAUACGACACUUCAAGAGCAACUGGAACCAUCAUUUCAAGCGGAAGAAGCUUGCUGAUAAUUUGUGGUGGAUUGGUAAGUUUGUAAUUAGCCGUAUAAUUUAGUUCCAAUUACAAUAUCUUAGUACAUUUGGCGAGUGGUGCACUGGUUAGACUCUUUCUAAAGUGAUGCAUGCCUAAGAAAAUGAGGUUUUAAGCGAUUAUCAUGAUCCUCCCAUUUCCUGGGAAAAUUGGGUUUUAAGCGAUCUUCGGAUCCCCCCUUUUUCUGUCAAACAGGCUGUGUUUCUAAGGAGAUGUAUACCUCUCCUAAGAGUCUAACGAGAGUAACUCCGGGCUGUUUGAAUUUGUACUAAAUUGCCGAAAAUUGACUAACAUACUACUUUUCUAUGUCUUUCUCAGCGGUUGCCUACCAAGAGAAAAAAUUUCUGGAGAAGAUGCAGAAGUUGCGCGAGUUAUGCCCUGAAGGGGCACAGUGGUGCACUGGACAAGACCUAUCCAUGUGGACAUUUCAUAAAGAUGGAGGGACAAGAUGGGGUAUCGCCACAACGAACUCAGGUGUGAGUAUCAACUCUGUCUACAAGGCCGUUCGUGCACUGCCAAUCUCUGCCAUUGUGGAGAUGACUUUACGGGGGGGGGGGGGGGGGGGGGGGGGGGGGUGGGCACCGCCAUGAAGUUUUGGUCAAUUUCAGGACAAAAGUUGGUGAGUGCUCAUGCCAGAAGUAUCAAGGGAGAGGGUGGCCUUGUUCUCAUGCAAUGGCCGUAAUUAAAAACAGGAGCAAAGACCCACGUCACUUCGUUAGUCCGUUCUUCAAUAUCGACUCACUCAAAAACACCUAUGGACGGAGUUUCCGUGCAUUGCCUGAUGAAGUUUAUUGGCCGAUGUACGAAGGAAAAUUGAUCAUCUCGCCGUUCGGACAGAGGCGUGAACCGGGUCGCCCGAGGAAAAAGAGAAUUCAGAACGAAAUGGAUCAAAGUGGAAGACCACCACGAGGCCCAAGACGAUGUUCAAUAUGCAAAGUUCCAGGACAUGAUAAACGAAGAUGUCCAGGCCCGAUUGGCCCGCAAAAUCCGGGUCCUGAUGUGUCGGACUCAGCUAAUGCGACAUAGUUUGCUUUUAUCAUUUUUUUUCAAGCUAGUUGAGACUCUUACUUUCCAAGUAAUUGUGUAUUGUUGAUUGAACGAAAUGUGUAUUGUGUAUUGUUGCUUUUAUCAUUCAUUGGCUCGAAUUUGGGUUAGAACCCAGAAUUUUCAAUCCAAUCUCUUCUCUCUACUGUAUUGUUGAUUGGACUAAUUGGGAUAACAUAAAGAUAAAAGGCAUAGUUCCAA